UGCUGGCAUUCAAAAUGCACAGAAAGACGAAGCACUCAUAGGGGUAGGACGAUAAGAAACUCUGAAAACAGUUUGGACCAGAAUAUGGCCGAGGUGAUUUACACCAUGCCCAACAUGGCCAGGAACACUCAAGGAGAGAGAGAGGAGGGUAUAGAGGACAACUACGAUAGCAUUGAGAGCCUCAGAGAUCAACACCAGGACUAUGUGGGGACAGAGGAGUCCUCCAAUACUCUGGGAACAGUAAGAAGUCAGCAGCCGGACCCUGUGAGCCCUCCUCGGUGUCCGAUCAGGGCUGUGGUGGUGCUUCUGGUCCUGCUGUCUCUUACCCUACUGGCUGGACUGCUUCGGUUUGUGAUGCAAAACAAGAACAUAUGCAUGGACAGAGACGUGGAGCAACUUCUCCAAAGGCUGAAGAAUGUGACAGAGCAGAGAGACUCACUGCUUUGUAAACAGGACUGUCCAGGUGGUUGGAAUAAGUUUGGUUGUAAAUGUUACCAGGUUACCAGAGAGUGGGGAUCCUGGAAUAAGAGCAGGGAGCUCUGUGUUUCCAAAGGAGCAGAUCUGGUGGUUGUGGACAGUAAAGAGGAGAUGGACUUCAUCAACAGGUACGGCGGGGACUUCUGGCUCGGAGCGACAGAUGAGGCCAGUGAUGGGUUGUGGAGAUGGUCUGAUGGGACCGUCCUGUCAGCGUAUAACCCCUCCUGGAGAAGAGGGAAACCUGAUGGUGACAAGGACAAGAACUGCCUAAGGACUGCCUGGGAGAAGACCAACUAUAAAUGGACAGUUGGGAGCUGUAAAGACGCCAGCUAUGGGAUUUGUGAAUACAAUUUAAUGAAAUGAUUGAUGAAAAAAUUUCUUGACUGAUUUAUUUCUUUGACUAUCUUAAUGCCAACAGUCAUUUGUUGUUUUGUCUCAUACUUGUUGAGUUCUGCCAUUCGAUGAGAGCUGUGAUUGGCUGUGAGGUGUUAUCCCCUUAAAAGGAGAUGACAUGAAGACUUCACUGGUCAGUGCAGGAGCUGUACUUA